CAAGAAUUAAAAACUGAAAAUCCAUCAAAAAUUUUACAUCAAUCAAAUCCAAAUAACAAUAUCAAUAAUAGUAAUAAUAAUGUAGAAAAUAAUACAACAACAUCAACAAGAAUGAAUCAUUUAAUAAUUGUAAAAAAUUCAUCAUCUUCUCCAAAUAUAACAUCACAACAACAACAUCAUCAAAAUCAAUUAAAAACUUCAUCAUUAUCAUCAGUAUCGGCGGGAUCAACUGGAUCUAUUUUAUUACAAAAAAUUUCUCAACAAACAAAUUUAAAGAAUACAUCGAUAAUGACAAAUAAUAUUAAUGUUAGUAAUAAUUCUCAUAAUCAACAGCAAACAUCACAAUCACAAAUUAAUAGACAUCAACAGCAGCAUCAGCAUAAUAAUACUCAUCACCGUCAUAAUUUAAAUUCAUUACAACAACAACAACAACAACAGCCACAUCAUUCUCAACAUCAUCGACAUCAACAUCACCAACAGCAACAGCACCAGCAAUCACCACAGCGACAACCAAACAUGCAACGAAAUAGUCAACAACUAAAAGAACAACAUUCAGCAUUAGUCAAAUUAUUAGAAUCAGCUCCGAUUACAAAAAAGAAACAACCAUCACCUGCAGUUGAUAAUAUUAAUAAAAUGCAACAACAUCAAAACAAACAAAAUAUAUCAUUGCCUAAUAAAAAUUUAAAAAAUGAAAAUUUAAAUAUUUUAAGAAAAUCACAUAGUUCAAUUGAUUUGAAAUCAAAUACAAAUGAUAACAUUACUAGUAAGAAUAAUAAUAGUACAACAUUAACAAAAUUUUUAACAUCAUCUACAACACCUACAACUGGAACGACAAUUCUAAUUAAUUCUAGUCCAAUUGUUAUUUCCUCAGACAAUGCCAAUAAUUUUAAUAGACAAAAUUAUUAUUACAAAAACCACAAACGAACAACAACAUCAACAAGAGCAUCAGCAUCAACAGCAGCAAAAUCAACAUGA